CUUGCACCCCACCUUGAUCGAUAGCCAUCGGGUUUCGCUACAGGAUGCACCUGUUCGACCUCGAUGACUACUCCCUUUCCGCCAUCGUGUCGCUCCUCUCUCAAUGCGACAGUCUGAACCUCUCUCUGACGUCGCGCAAGCUCCAUCCCUUCGCGAAGCGUCAUGCCCUAUCAUCAAUCGAGAUCGAGAAUGCUCAGCAGCUGAAGAGAAUCUUCGGCUACUUGCUGGAGGACGCCCCGAACCGUCUGGGGUGUGUGCGGACCCUCAAAGUGUCUCAGUGCGCCUUCGAUGGUCCCUCCAACGAGGACUACUCUACUGCACCACUCCUGGCAGACGUACUGGAGGGUGCCACCCGCCUCCGGACCCUGACGCUCGAAGUGGUGGGCGACGUGGUCAAGGUGGAACCAAGGGUGGCGGCUGCGUUGUGCCGUCUAGACCAGCUCGUGGAGCUCCAUCUGCAUGAGCUCACCUCUGCCUCGUUCGAGCUCGUGGGACGGCUCUCAUGCACUCCCCGCAAACUCGGACUAUGGGGGCGCAACGACGAUGGUCCGAACGAGUCGGAGCGUUGUGACGGAACGCUGCUCCUCUCCGCACCCGUUCUGCGAUACGUUCGUUCCCUGCACCUGUCGAUGCUCCGCAUUGCGAACCAGCAGGCCCUCCCUCCCGGUGCCGACGUCCAACGACCGACCACACAUUGGCCAGACCUCAGGGACUUGAAGAUCGAGAACACCUAUGUUUCUGCGGCCACCCUCGUCGAUGCAUUCCCAAACGUCGAGGCCAUCCACUUCGAUUCCAGGAAGGACAUCGAGGAAUGGAAUAGACGCGACGACAUUGAUGUUGUUCUAUGGCGCGCAGAGAGGCUGCGCGCAGGGACUCGGAGGCUCACCGGCAAGAGCAAGGACGACAAGUUCCUGACGGUGGAAACUGCGUGUUGGUCCCGGGACAUCGACCGUGCUUACGGAACCCGCGAAGACUUCACGCAGUGGACGAUAUCAUGUAGGGUUCGAUGGCUCAUGUUCGAUUUGGUGCACAACGAGAAUGCCGCAAAUAAGCUGCUGCCGAUUAUGGAGCGAACUUCGCCCGUCGUCCUCUCCCUGCAGCGCCUCCCCACAAUGGAGAAGCCUUCCUUCUGGAAAGGCUUCGCCAUUAGUGCUCCCCGCAUCCGCUAUCUCGAUCUGACAUUGGCGUCGGACAUGUUAUUGGAAACGAAACUGGUCUUCAGAAUACACGCACUGCCAGCGCUGUCCCAGCUUCCCCUGGUCGCUCUACGUCUCUGUCGCGUGAAACCGGCGUCGCUCUACGUACACGACAUGGACGAGUCUCGUGUCAUCGUCUACCCCGGGUGGCGCCUUGCAAUGCGUGAUCUGGCAUCUGACAUCGCUAAAGCGGUCACCUCGUUGAGCGUUCUCUGCGUCGGAGAGGGCGCGCUGGUGCUAAAUGACGCGUUGUCCCGUUACCGCUUCUGCGGGCCUGCGCUAUGGUGGCGGAUCGUCCCGAAUGACGAACCAGCUCCCUCCGAGCGCGAGAGCGACGGAGAGGGCGCUGAAGACGAGGAGGGCGAAGACGACGAUGAGGACAAUGACGACGGUGGGGACUCCGACGAGGAAGCAGAUGGCUCUGACGAAGAAGGUUCCGAUGACUAUGGGGGGAAGGGAAGCGAGGGCGAGGCCAGCGAGAAUGAAUCAGACGAGGAUGAGGAUGCGUCCACGCAGAAAUUGACGGUAAUACUGGGCCCAGACCGUUCUCGACGGAUGGUGCCUAUCUCCCGCGACCUAGGUGAACAUAUCCGCGCGUAUUUGGAGUCGAGCAAGUUUACGGAAACUUCGCCAUUCAACGAUGAGCUGUUCGCUUUGCUGGAAAGAACAGCGGUCCCGAGAGAGCCUGUGGCUGAGCCGUACUAGAUGAGUUACAUCUGUCAGUGAUCAAGAGGCACUCACCGAUGUAUGCAAGAAUGCAACCCAAACGACUCUGAACUCACCAAUAUACCUCCUCCAGGUUGGAACGUAGGACGAGCCUUAGCCUAUGACGCUGCUAUUCACGACCUUCAAGUUGAUGUGACUUCAAUCUAGACUGAUAACCAGACCAUCCCUGCCGAUGCCCCAGUGUGUUUGAGUGUUCCUUACCGUAUGCUGAGCCAGUGAAGGGAGAGCGACCUUGAGUCCUGCAUCACGUCGCGCCUCAUGCGGUUUGCUAUCAUGAAGACUGGAGCGC